AUGUCGCAGAAAGUCCUCAGGCGCCGCAAUGCCCAGCAAGGGUUCGGACUAGAGGCGGAUCUUGCGCAGAUUCGCAGCGCCGACGCCGGCCGGCCCAUUCCCCGCCCCCUUCGGAGAAUUGAGCCCGCCGACGUCAUCAAAGCCACCUGCGACUCCUUCACCUUCGAAUCCUUCACUAGCCAAGACGCCUACGAGCUCGGCCACCUCCUGCACGCCCGCCUGCUCCCCAUCUCCGCGAAGCAGCCCAGCGUGAUCCAAAUCUCCCUCGCGCCCGGCCAAAUCGUGUUCCAGGCGGCCGUCGGGUCCGGCACGCUCCCCGACAACGAGACGUGGAUCCAGCGGAAGCGCAACAGCGUGCUGCGGUGGGGCUGCAGCACGUGGUUCCUGAACCGCAAGUGGAACGGCGACCAGGAGGCGUUCCGCAAGCUGUUUGCCUUUUCCGACGAGCAGGCGAACCGGUACGCGAUCCACGGCGGGGCGUGCCUAUCCGGGUCAAGGGCGUGGAUGGCGUGGUGGCGGUCGUGGUGGUGA